UCGUUUAAUUUGACAGCUGUGCACACAAUGGCAGAGGUCGUGAGUGUUCUGGGGACGCUCGGCUUGGAUUUACAAAGCACUCUCUCUUCGGUGGGGACUAUGCCCGUAACAGAGUCCCCCAUAGGGCUGAAUGAGCGACUGGGGCAGAUUGAAGGCAGAGUGCAGCGCGGGUCGCCCACAGAUUUCGGCCACCUCAAAGGGAUCUUGAGGCGGCGGCAGCUCUACUGCAGGACCGGCUUUCAGCUAGAGAUAUUCCCCAAUGGCACAGUGCACGGAACAAGACAGGACCACAGCAGGUUUGGUAUCCUGGAGUUCAUAAGCAUAGCAGUAGGUCUGGUGAGCAUCAGAGGGGUGGACGCUGGACUCUACCUCGGCAUGAAUGAAAAAGGAGAGCUCUAUGGGUCGAAGAAGCUGACAAAAGAAUGUGUGUUCAGGGAGCAGUUUGAGGAGAACUGGUACAACACCUACGCUUCAACUCGGUACAGGCACACGGACACGGGGCGCUUCUACUAUGUGGCUUUAAACAAAGAUGGUUCGCCCAGGGAGGGCGGCAGGACUAAAAAACACCAGAAGCUCACCCACUUCUUACCCAGACCGGUGGAGAUUGAAAAGAUCCCUCAGGAAUUCAGGGAUUUAUUCCAGUACAGGUGACCAGUGCUUACACUGGGAGAGCUGGUUGUUUCUGAAGGAACAGAGAUAAAAGAAAAAGACAAAAAUGAGGGGGCGGGGGAGGGAUAUUGUGGAUAUUUUGGACCUGGUACAGAACUGUUUACCUUCACCCCCCACCUGAGGUUACCAUGUUUGCAUCAUCUGCGGCGGACUUCAGAGAGGAGAUAAAACUCUUAUAAAACCACUGCUAUCAUGGACAAAGGAGGCCCUCAUGACUGCCCAGCUGUGGCUGAAUCAGGAAAAUCAAAUCAGGUGCCAUGUUUUCUCUAUAAAUGCAUAACAGAGGUUCAUGUGUAGAUACUGAAGAGGCAAAAUGGGAGUGGUCGCUCUUGAUGGUUUUGGCCGGGACAAGGAACAGUCAACGAGAAGUGACUUUUAGGAGCUAAGGACAUAAAAUCCCUGCAUGAUGUCACAGUGUGCACACUGUUAUGGCGACAUUAAAUGUAAAGGAGAGGGAAGGAAAGCACAUUCCACAUAUACAGCAGAGACGUGCAAACUUUGUGCUACAUGUUUGUUAAGCAGUAGUUUGGGAUAUGUGACGAGAUUGUCUUUGAGUUAGCUAUGAGCAAGUUUUGUUUCAAAUAAAAGACAAAGGAUGGGAAUAAUGUCUCUGACUCUGGGAUCAAUCAAACUGCACUUACUGCACAUCCCAAGUCUCAGCAUCACGCUCGCUUGGUCCGAGUUUAAACAUCAGAUUAAAUUCAAACAAACACAAAAAAGCUACGGGAAUUUAAUAUGCAAAAAACAAAAGAAGUUAAGCUCGGGCUAAAAGCACUUCUCCGACUGGGGUUGUGAAGACUGAAGAAAUGGGUGUUCUUUUUAAGGAUGAUGACUUGUAAUGUUCAGAGCAUCGGGGAACAUUAUUAAAAAUGCAAGCAGCUGAGGUGUACA